AUGAAGUACUUGAAGCCGUGGUGGUCGGACGGCGGCAGCCUUCUUCACCUCACCAUCCUGCUGAGCUUGGCGGAGCUCCGCCAGGACCUGGACCUAGACCUCUACCUGCUGUUCCCGCCGCGCACUCUGCUUGCAGAUGAGCUGCUGCUCCGGAACGGCCAGACGAGCCACAUCUCUGCGCUCAGUCCUUUCCCGGCCUCGGGAGGGUGGGGGCGCGCCGAACUGCUGCACCCCAAGUGCUGGGAGCGGGACCCCGCGGCGCCGCCAGAGGGCCGGCUGCUCCGGGAGGUGCGCGCGCUGGGGGUCCCCUUUAUCCCCAGCAUCCGAGUGGACGCGUGGCUGGUGCACAGCGUGGCUGCAGGCGACGCCGACGGGGCGCACGCGCUGCUCGGCACCGCAGCCGCGUCGUCUGCCGGGGGAGUGGGUGCAGGCGUGGACGGCGUUAGCCAGGCUGCGCCGGCUGGCGGCGGGGAUCCGCGAGCGGUUCAGAGUAGCCCGUUGGCCGCCGAGGAGGAGGAGAAGGCACCCGCGGAACCGACGGCUCAAGUGUCGGACGCCGGCGGACACGCGAGCGAGGAGAAUGAGGUAUUAAGAGGUGUGAGUCACAGUCCCCAGCAUGAAGAAAAUGAGCAAAGAUCAUCAACCCAGAAGGAAAAAUCACUACAGCAGAAGAAUGAAGAUGAAAAUAAAGUAGCAGAUAAGCCUGCCUGGGAGGCAGAAAAAACCACUGAGUCUAGAAGUGAGAGAUAUCAAAAUGGAACAGAUGCAUUUUUCUCUCUGGAAGACUUGUUUCAAUUGCUUUCAUCGCAGCCUGAAAAUCUACUGGAGGGAGUCUCACUGGGAGAUAUUGCUCCUCUCCCCAGAAGUAUCAAUGAUGGCAUGAAUUCCCCCACACAUUAUAAUGUAAAUUUUAGCCAAGCUAUAAGUCAUGAUGUAAGUCUCCACGAGGCCAUGUUACUAUGUUCUGACAAUACAUUUAGAAGGGAUCCAGCAGCAAGGACUUCACAGCCACAAGAACAAAUUCUACAGUUAAAUUCUCCUACUACCAACACUGAACAGACCCUUCCUGGAACUAAUUUGACAGGAUUUCUUCCAUUUGUUGACAAUCAGAUGAGGAAUCUAAGCCAAGACCAUCUGUAUGACCUUGAUAUAAACAUACUUGAUGAGACAAACUUAAUGUCUUUGGCCACAGGUUUUGAUCCAAUGGAAGUUUCUUGGCUGCUUGAACAAACAGGUUAUGAUUCUGGGCUUUCCUUAGACUCAAGUAACAAUAGCACCUCUGUUAUGAAGUCUAAUUCUUCUCUCUCUAUAUGUGAAGGUGCUACAAGUUCUAGCAGUGACCUUUCCCACCAUGACCUACAAGGGGCUGUAGGAGGAUACUAUCCAGAGCCCAGUAAGCUGUGUUACAUGAAUGACAGAAAUGAUUCUCAUUUUCAUGGGGACCUUGCAUUUCAACAUGUAUCACAUAACCACACUUACCACUUACAGCCAAGUGCACUAGAAUCCACUUCAGAAUCUUUUUCAAUGCCUGGGAAGUCACAGAAAAUAAGUAGAUACCUGAAUGACACAGACAGAAACUUAAGCCGUGAUGAACGACGUGCUAAAGCUUUGCAUAUCCCUUUUUCUGUGGAUGAAAUUAUCCGCAUGCCUGUAGAUUCUUUCAACAGCAUGUUAAGCAGGCACUAUCUAACAGAUUUACAAGUGUCGCUCAUCCGUGACAUUAGACGAAGAGGGAAAAAUAAAGUUGCUGCUCAGAACUGCCGAAAGCGUAAACUGGAUGUAAUUUUGAAUCUGGAAGAUGAUGUAUGUAGCUUGCAAGCAAAGAAGGAAACCCUUAAAAGAGAGCAAUCCCAGUGUCACAAAGCUAUAAACAUAAUGAAACAGAAACUGCACCACCUCUAUCGUGAUGUUUUUAGUAGGUUGAGAGAUGAUCAAGGUAGACCAGUCAGUCCAAACCAGUAUGCUCUUCAGUGCACCCACGAUGGAAGUGUUGUGAUUGUACCCAAGGAAUUAAUGAUCCCAGGCCAGAAAAAGGAAAACCAAAAGGGAAAACGAAAAAAUGAGAGAAAAAAUUGA